CCCAGAGCAGCCCUUUUAAGCCUUCCGAUCAGUUCGAUCGGACAGACGGAUCCCACACAGCGGAGCUCACAGCACACUCUGGCCUCCGACGUCGACCUGUUUCCACCAUGGACCUGAAAUUCUUGUUCACAGCUUCAUUUGUUAUUUUUGGAGCAGCGCUCAGCAUCUCGUUGGCAGACAACACAUCGCAGUGCAAAAUCAAGUGGUUGUUUGGCAUCCCGUGUGACAACAUCUACGGAAAGCUGGUGAACCAGAUCAAGGCCUGGCAGAUUGGACAACGCUGCCUGAACGCAGGAGAGACGUGCUCAUACGAACUGGUGUCAACUUCUCCCUACCUGAUAAAAGCCACGCACACGUCUCCGAAAACGAAGAACGUCAACGACCUUCAGUUUCUUCUGGAGCAGUCAACUGUUUGCAGAGUGACUGGCAAUGCAACGUCUGGGCCCUCUAAAGAUCCAGCAGAUACCAACACCAACUUCUGCAGCCUCCAAAACCUGAUGGACGGAAGCAACCUGAUUGAAGCGGAGGGAUACAAACGCUUCACCAACAAAUGGAUCUGUGCUGGCUUUGAGGAUGCCAACUGCACCUUGUCAUAAACACGAUAUCCUUGCAUAAAAACGGGAGGAGCUCUGAAAACAUAACUUUUACUUGCGGUGUAUGUAAGAUGACAAAGUUCAUGUUGUAUUGUUGUACUUGUAUUACAACGCAAUCAGUGUGAUGAUUAAAGGAACAGUGCGGAUUGCCAUCAGUAGUGCAGUGCAUCAACGAUGACUUUCCCUUCACUUCAUUCCGUGAGCCGAGUUCUGGGCGGUUUUUGGUGUGAAGUAGUUCUGGCUACUUGGUGGGGUCACUUAACUAAAGCGUUUUGCUUCUCUAAACAAUAUGCGUCAUAAUUCCUUCGUCACACACGUCAUCAGUCUCUCUCUGUCUUUCUGCUUGCUCUCCGUGCCCUCCUCUUCAUCUGGCCGUAGUCCCAGCCUUUCGAAACCUGUUGAAGAUGGUGUUUUUCUUCUGCUCCAUGCUGUGAGGACCCACCGACAGACUUGUGAAAAAGUUGCACAGUUCCUUCUCGCUUUAACUCGAAGGCGGCAUCAUAUGCAUUUCCUUGUGUGUUUUCGAAGUUCAAAGUUUUAAAGAAAAUUUGGAGAAAAAAGUAGCGGCUUGUGCACCGGAAAUUACAGUAUUCAUUUAAAACAAAUUAUAAUAUAAUUACUGAAAUGACGCUUUUAAGAAGACAAUGGAAUGACCGUAACAUGCAAUGGAUGUUCUUAAAGGUCCCCUACUAUAUAUAGUAUAGUAAGUAUACUGAUGUUCAUGAAUAUGCAUUGUCCCUAAUAAAUAAAUACAUAAUAAAAUGGGGUAGCAGAGGUAUUUCAUCAGUGCUGAUCACCCCAUCCUCAGCCAAGCGGUUCCUCCUGGAACAUGGUCUGUUAUGAGUCUCCUUGAUGCUUUCAGACGAGGUCAGGUACAGCACUUACCUCGACCUCACUGCUCAAGUGCGCUCUCAGGACAAGGGCCAGCAACCCCUGUGCCGACAAUCAACUUGCUAGAAAACCUAAACUCAGGAGAACGGUACGUGUGACUGGAUGGCUCAUUGUGUUCUAGGUUAAUCACUAAGCUUACUAGAGCACUUGUGAUUUAUGAGCUGGCUGGACUCGAUCCUUCAACUGCCGGAGAACAGCACAGUAAGACCUGGUUCUGGUAGGGCGUAGUUCUCCACAUGGGUUUCCAGCUAUGCGUACUACCGUAUUUCUGAGCAGCAGCCUAAUUUGGACUCUCAUAAGCAGGGACACCUGAAUUAGCUAUUGUUUGCUUUUGCACGAUAUACUGUAUAUAUAUAUAUAUGAAAAAAAAGGUAAUUGUGUUUGCGUAGUAGGGGACCUUUGGUUAACCCAUUGACUGCCAGCCAUGUUCAGAGCGGAGAGCUCCAUGCUGAGUUUUGGGGCAUUUUUGCUGAACUUUCAAGACCCACAUUGAGUUUUACGACUACAUAAAGAUUGAAACUAUCUAAAGAAACCUUAGACUCUCUUCCUUCAUCAGAAAAAAAAGUUUGUUUGUAGCCUUUCUGGGUCUUUAGAUAUCGGCGGUAGAACAUAGGGUAGUUUCAGCAAAAACACCUGAUUUGGACCAAAAAACAGAGAAAGCGAGCUUUUUCUGCAGAGAAGCAAAUUCAGGCAGAGUGACGGUGGGGUCUGCUGGAUGUGGGGUUGAAUCCCUGCUGCUGACCGAUCCAGACGGCAGCCGCUCGUCAGAAGAAUCAGGGUCGGGUUCUGAGUCACCCGACUCUGAACUUCUUCCGGUGUCAGGCUCCGGUGUUGCUCCGCCACACGGCUCAGCAACGCUAACCACUAGCUUGUUGCUUCGGAUGCCAUUGUCAACUUCAUUUGUGUCUACGUCACCUACAUCAACCAUGUCACCUCCAUCUUUCGCGAUCGCGUCACUACUAAAGGCAGAUCCGCCGCCAGACAAGCUCUGUGACAGUGUUAGCUGCCUGUAUUUUUUGCACGUGUUUCGCCAUUUUCCUCUCUCAACCCACAACCCGUCUUCUUCAUAGACAAUCUGUUGCUGCCAGGUGGAGGAAAAGAGAACUGUUGCCCCCUACUGGGACAGAAAUACAUUGCCUACAAGUCAGAAAUUCACACACAAGAUGAAUAAGACUGUAGCUCCCGUGAAAAAACGCAAAAGACGUCAAUAGACUGACUGUCAUGUUGCCAAAUGUACUAUAUGUUGGUUUACAAUAAAACACAUCCAAAGUACGGCCUGGGGGCCAUUUCUGGCCGUGGCUGUUUUUUUAUUGGCCCACAGUACAUUCCAAAAAUAUAAUUUAACAAGAAAACUAAAAAAAGAAAAAAAAUUUAAUAAAAACAGCAAAAAUUGAGAAUAAAGUUAAAAUAUGAAAAGAAAAAGCGGUAAUUUUACAAGAAUAACGUAAUAUGAGGAAAAAUAACUUUUUGUAACAUAAAAGUAAAAUAUUAAAUAAGAAAAACAUUAUUUUUUUUUAAGUAGUAAUAUGCGAAACUAUUGGAAAAUUAUUUGAAAAUUAUGUUGGGGGGGUAAAGUUA